AUGUCCGCCGUGCAGUUGCUGCGGGUGUCGGUACAUGAGCGGAUCAGCGCUGCCGCUGAGGACUUUCUGCUGCAGGUGGAGAACGGAGGAGGAAAGGCUCAAGUCCCGGCGCUGAGAACGAUGCUCACCGAGCGGCUAACGGCGGCUGCUGAGGAGAUCCUCGCAGUGCUUGAGGAAACCGUGGCCAAGUACGAAGACCGAGUGGAGCAGUCCGAGCUAGAGAUCUGCCGCCAGAGGAGGCUGCUCGAUGCCGUGAUGAAGACCGUAGUCCGGCUGCACAUAGCAGGUCAGUCCCUAGAGGAACCUUGCUCUGAGUGUGGUAAAGGAUUUAACACAAGGGGCCAUCUAAAUAUACAUAUGAGGAUUCAUACAGGGGAGAAACCGUUUAGUUGCUCUGAUUGUGGUAAAAGAUUUAGCCAAAGGAGCAGUCUAAAUACACAUAUGAGGAUUCAUACAGGAGAGAACCCAAUAAAUUGCUCUGAGUGUGGUAAAAGAUUUACCCAAAGGGGCCAUCUAAAUACACAUAUGAGGACUCAUACAGGAGAGAAACCGUUUAGUUGCGCUGAGUGUGGUAAAAGAUUUAACACAGGGGGCCAUCUAAAUACACAUAUGAGGACUCAUACAGGAGAGAAACCGUUUAGUUGCCCUGAGUGUGGUAAAGGAUUUAGCCAUAAGUGCAAUCUAAGUGUACAUAUGAGGAGUCAUACAGGAGAGAAACCCUUUAGUUGCUCUGAGUGUAAUAAAAGAAUGAGCAGUAAGUCCGAUUUAACAAGACAUAUGAGGAGUCAUACAGGAGAGAAACCGUUUAGUUGCUCUGAGUGUGACAUGUGA